AUGCCGGCUCUCAAUCGUCUCUUCGUACUCUCUGUCCUCGCCAUCUCUCUGUCCGUUCACGCCAUCCCCGUCCGCGAUGCGUCCACGGAUAUCGAUGUCGUCGCACACGGCACUCAGGAUCCCUCCGCUUACAACAGCUUCGUCGAGAACGAAGGCUUCGACGAUCACGAAGACGCCGAGUUCGUUGCACACGAGGACGACGUCGCGGAGCUGGACCGCCGCGGUGGUACCAAGUCGACACGGCCCACGAAGGCCGCUCCUGCCAAGGCUCCGGUGAAAGCCGCUCCCGUCAAAGCUCCCGUCAAAGCUCCCGUCAAAGCCCCGGCGAAGGUGGCGCCUGCGAAAGCGCCUGCGAACGCUGCCCCUGCCAAAGCACCCGCAAAAGCUCCUCCAGCGAAAGCCCCGGUCAAGGCACCGACCAAAGCUCCCACCAAAGCUCCCACCAAAGCUCCGGCGAAGACGUCCACGGGCAAGGCGUGCACCGCGAACAAGUUCAAGAGCAAGCGAGACGUGCGCGAGAAGCCGUUCUCCGAGUUCGAGCACCUCUUCAAGCGCAACAACCCAGAGUUCGUCGGUUGGCAUGGAACCAACAGCGACACGGCCGCGUUUUGGGCGGAGAAAGGUCAGCUCGAGAAGCCGACGAAGCCGAGCGGUUUCUUCGACUCUUUCGGCUUCGGCUCCAACGUCGCGAAGGGCAGCAGUGGCGCGGACGCAGAGCUCGGCGUCGGAGUAUACGUGACCGACGAGCCUGUGACCGCGCGGGGGUUCGCGAGCAAGAACGCGCUGGAGAACAAGGGCACGCAGCCGAUGCUCUGCGCGAUCUUCGCCAAAAGCACGACCAACUGGCGCACCGCCCUCCGCAAGGCGUUGCUCCCCGAGGCCCUCGUCGGCGACUCGUCGACAAAGUCACAAUCGCAGGCGCUGGAGCAGGGACGCAACCUGUACCUCAAGCGCGUCGUCCCCGACGUGACCCCCAACACCGUCGUCCGCUUCGCGCUCCUCGGCCGCGAAGACCGGAACCGGAGCGGCCAGAUGGUCAUCCCCGCCGCUAUCACAAACCAGUUCACGGCGCAGUGCGUGCCGAAGGACAGCGCGACGCUGCCCCCGGGCACGACUACUCUCAGCUAUCUCUCCCCGGCACUCCAGGCGGCAUGGGACAUCGCGCCCGAGCAGGAUUGCUCGAUAUGA